AAAGAUUCAAGCCAGUGGAGCUAAAAUAGGCCUACACGUACGGUACCACAACCCCACACCGACGAAGGUCCGUCCGAAAUUAUCGGGAUUAUGACGAAAGAAAAGCCACUCGUCAUAGUCGGCGACCCUGUUGCGUUCCCAAUUCAAUCACCUCUUCUCUUGUCCCUUGACUUGUCUCUCUUUUUGCUUGUAGAAGAGCUGUGGUGGAGAUGUUGACCGCCCCAAUCUAUUUUGAUCGCCCUGUGGGUGCUACCGCUGAUGUUGCAGAGCUAGAAUUCAUCUCGGCGUUGAUGCAAACCGAGAAGCUCUUUCUGAGGCAGGAUGGAUCUCUGACAGCCCGAGAUAUCCACUUUUAUUUAAAGAGUCGCCAUGGUGUUCGAGUUCCUGUAGAAAAAAUUGAGCAAGACAUCAUUUGCCAGAUGGCUUGUGUUAUCCGCCCUGGAGGCAAGCAACGAAAUUUGCAAUCGUCCAACAUCACCACAAAAAAUGGAGUUGCGAAUACUAGUACUGUCAAGGUGGAUGCUGGGAGGAGCACCACUGGCGAGUUUUUUGAUUGCAUCAUGGAAGAUGAGGAACUUCAGCCACCACCAAGAGAGUACUCGCACCAACCCAAAGCAGGAGCACAACAAAACAAGGGCAUGUCCAAGAGAGUUAUGGCCCUGAGAGUUUCUCAAGCAAUCAGCCACGAUGACUACGAAAAGUACAAGCAGUACCAGCACCAACAAUUAAAGCUGAUUAGGGAGGAAAAUGAUGACAAUGGUAGCACAGAUGACACUGAUGCUGAUGACACUGAAACAGAAGAACUGAAAAUGAACUUGGUUCGGAUUGCUAGCUUGAUUUUGAUCCCCAAGCUGAGGCAAGCUCGAGUAGAUGCUGAUAAGGGCUUGGAAACUGAUGAAGUGGAUGUUAUUGAUGUGUUUUUGGCCAUUUUAAUGUCAGAAACCGGCCUCAAAUAUGAUCAAGAACUCACAAGGGAUGUACUGCUCCAUAUUCUUUCUUUCGGUGAAAAAAGAGACAAAAACGAUAGUGAUGAAUAUAUUGACAGCCUGAUGGAGACGGCACUGGCAUCACAUCCGGAUGCUAGACCCAGGUUGAACAAAGACACAAUGUUGCGAGUUUUGACAGAUGACAUUGAAGCCUAUGAUGUGGACUUGGAGAAUACCAAAGAAACUACAUUUGAGGAGGUAAACGCGAUGGAGGGAAGCGACGAAUCGAAACUACGAAGAAUAUACACUGCCGGCAACAUUGAUGCCAAUGCGGACACCUAUCGAAGCAAGACGUGGACUAUUGCUUCUUGGUAUGCCAUAGUGGUGAUACUGUUGGCCUAUCUGUUCAACGGUGUAUCACCUAAUUACCAGUGGCAAGCAAAGGACUGCACUACCGCUGAAUCCCAGGUUGGAUGUGCCAUUACGGUAGCCACCCUGCACUGGCUUGAGGUGUUUGUCUCCUUGUCCAUUGUUGGGUUUCCAUUCUUGUUCUUGGCCAAUCUGGGUAACUCAGUGUACCUGGAUCGAAACCAAGACAAGAGCAAGGUCGCAGCACUAAUAUGUGUUGCGAUGUUCAGCACAGCUUUGUACGUGUUCUUGCCCUUUUUCUACCGGGCAGAUUUUUGGUUUUUUCACUCGGAUCCAACCUCCAUUCCACCAGAAGAGAAUGACGGCUCCGUCCAACCAAACAAUAGUGCUUAUCUGGGACCCGUCUCCCUUCUGCUGGGGUGCUUUCUCUUGUGUGUCCAAAUGAUGCAGCUAAUGCGGCUGACUAUACCUGGGCAAAUGGGACGAUCUUGCAAGAAUUCCGCUUCAACAAUGAGAGCUGCGUUUGAAUGGAAAAAGGCAGCUAACAUGAAAGUGGACCGAGCUGUGUUGAAUGCCGUUCGGUGCCAUGUGGAUACCGUUGGUGUCAGGCCAGCAAAUUGGAAAAGAAAGAGCUCAAUUGGCAGGUCAGUCGGCAAGAUAUCCACGUCCAUCACACGCUACAAUCAGUCGUUUACCAAACAAGAGCGAGCAGGAGGCAUUCUCUGGACAUGGAGGAAAAUCCGUGACCGCACUUUAUUCUAUGAGGAGGGCAUAUACAUUUGGCCCAGACUUGUAGCUAGCAAUAUUGCCCAGUGGACGGCAGUUCUCAUCAUAGCGGGUGUUUUUGCAUUUGGUUUGUCUGUUCUGACCAAGGAGGAAGAGGUGGCACCUGAUCUUCUGUCCAAUGAAAAGUUUAUCCUUGUGCUUGCUGUUGGGUUCCCACCAGCAUUUUUCGCGGCAAUUUCAACUAGCUUGCUCUAUGUUCCCUCUGCGGUGUCCAGUAUUCUGAAGUACCGUUGCGGAGAACUGCGCAGCCUUGAUGAUAGGAGGUUUUUGCAGAAUCGGUUUGCCAUGGACUCCGCCAAUCUCUUGUUCGGUGCAGCCUUUUGGACGUGCUUGUGUUCUGCAGCUGCCUUUUACGCCCUUUUCAGCGUCUUUACCUUCUUGUGCUUAUAUGUUGACACACAACAAAUGAUGAUUCGAUUUACUGCCAACUGUAUCGGAAUGCUGAUAACGAUGAUACUCAAACAGGUGCUGAUGUUGUUCAUUCGAAGCCGAUGGAGUCGAGGGUACUAUCGAAGUCGUCCCGCCAUUGUCAACAUUAGCAACACAAUCCAGGAAGUAUGGAAUCUUGGACUAACGACUUUCACAGCUUUGGUUCGCGGCCUCAAGUUUAUGGCUAUCUUCCUUCUUUACUUGGGACGAAUUGACAGAGAAGUGUUUGCUCCUGGCGUUGGAUGGUUCAGAGAUGAUAUACCUUUGGAUGGGUUGCCACAUUGCUUUGCCCGUGAUUUACUGAUCCAUGAGGCCCAUCGCCAUCCACUGAUUGAAAGACUUGGUCUCCUGUUCAUGAUAAAGCUACGGAAAGGAUCUGACUUUGGAACUCGCGGGGGUGCAGCGUGGCGCAUGGCCUUCACAGGAACCCUCAUGCCGUGGCUGCGAAAGUAUGGUGGUAACUUGGGUGCUGUAUGGAAUAAUUCACGUAAUGCCGAGGAGCAGCGAUCUGCACUCUCGGGACUCUCCAAAGAUGCUUUGGUCGAGAACUUGAUGGUGCUGGAACAAAACUAUAAACAAAUGGCGGAACAAAUGAAAAAUAUUGGUAACAGAACCAGGAUCUUGAGACCAAAAGCUGGCAGUGAAGAUCAAGAUGAUACGGUGGAGGCAGAUGAUGAUGUCUCUGGACCUCUACUAGAAACCUAUCUCAAAGAGCAAGAGGCUGGUGACCCUCCUGCUUCAACACCUGAGGAGAGACCUGUGGUUCAUUUGACCACGAUUACUGGUGGUACAUUCGAUUGAGGCUUCCAACUAAGUUGUACCCCAAAUUCAAACUGCUGCAGCAUCGGUGAAAGACUAUUGCACGGAGCAGUGCAAUAUUUCCAGCCUCGUCCGAUUGCAACAUUUCCAGCCUCCGAUUGGUAGCUCCUAGCUAGAUCACAGCAGUCCAGAACGAACUGAUGUUCUUUCACUCGACUGCACCAUACUGUAGUGCACUACACGAAAACCGCGCCCUGUUGCAUGGGAUCCGAAUCGAAUUAUUCGUCGUCCUCGAUUGCUUCAAAGCAGCAUCACCGAUUCAAUCUACCGGUAUCAUUCAAUACGCGCUUGACACUCAUUACCGGUGGCACAACUGUUUGUGCGUGGCCUCGUGUUGAUGGCGUUUCUUGGCAAGAACACUGGCUGUAAUUAAUUGUUUAGACAAAUCACCAGCAAUGUGCUAUCGGUGCUACAGUACUAAACCCUCACAUAUCCUCCAUAAUCAUCAGGGUCUCAUCGAGUUGGAGACAGGAGCCGUACAAACGUUCCAGGCCCAAACAAAACUUUUUGUGAUUCUGUUUGUCCGCCUCGUGAUCAUUCUCAUCCAUAUCACCAGCUUCCUGGGCCCGUUCAAUCCAGUUCUUCCCAACUUCCACUUCGUGUUGGCGCCUCAGCCGCAAAUUGAGAAGCGCCGUGCAGACAUUGUCGGUCGCAUUCUUGAGGAUGCGCUGACCAUUGACGGUCCAGAGGUAGAUCAUGUUGGAAGGAUUAUGUUGUCGGCUUUGGCUGAGGGUGAAAAGAUCAAUGUAUUUGCUGCGAUACAGACGAUGCAGAAUCUGCCACGAACAAGCAUCAACAAAAUAACCAUGAGGUAUAAAAAUAAAUGAAACGAGAACAAAUCCACAAAUACUCGAUUCUCACGCAUGUAUCGUACGCACCUCUCUGCAAUCCUUGGCUGGCACCAUGGAGACUUCGGCAAGAGAAUCCGAUUCCAAAUACCCGUUGCGAGACAAUACGGUGACAAUACGAGCGCCCACUUCUCCGUGAUGAUCCAAAAUCAUUUGAUUGGUGAUGCGUUGUUGCAGGUACUGGACCAUUCGAGUAGUACAAAUCUCGAAUCGAGAGUCCUCCGGUUUGGCCCCUGUUUCGACUUCCAAGACACAAAUGGGAGAUUUGUACGAUGCCAAUUGUUGCAAUGCUCUUGCCACUUGCGAAACGACCGCCAUAUUACGACUCGUGUUGUUGGCGACAGCUGCCUGUCGCUUUUUCUCCAACAACUCUUGAACGGGUUUGGGAAGGUACCGUUGAAUGCUGGCUGCAUCAAAGGUCAUUUCGGUAUCGGUACUCUUUUCGGCAUGUCGCCUGUGGGCUAGAUAUUUCAAUGCCGCAGUGACCAUAGAUCCGGCAGAUUGUACUUUGUGUCCAUAUCGUUCCGCCACAAGACGUCCCAAGAUGAAGCUUCGAAGAGACUCGUGAAACAUGGCAAUGUUGACUCUCCAGACCGUGUGACGAGUCAGAAAUCUCUUGUAGGCCGAGCCUUUCAGCAAACUGACAAUCUCAGGAUCUUCUUCCUCCUGCAGUUUGACAUUGUCAUCAGCCGCAUCGUUGCCUGUCUUUUGCUUCUUUUUGGGUGGUUCCUUGGCUUCAAAUUCUGUUUCUCCGGCAUCUGGGUCCGCGUUUUCUGACUCGUUUUUCAUUUUGGGUACUUCUUCCAGAAAGCCAGCUUGUGCCAAUUUUUUGAAACUCUCUAGAACCGUCUGUUUCAAGGCAGUAUUGUCUUCUUUCUUUUUGCUAUCAUCCGGCUUGUUCUCGUCAUCGUCCUCUCCCUCAUUCGCAGCUUCCUCAUUCGCAGCAGCUGCUUGCUCGAGUCUCUCGACAGUCUUGGAGACUGCAUCCACAGUCCUGAGCCGUCCUUGCACGAGCAAUUCUUCCACCAAGGCAACGGCAUUAUCAUCCAGGGCCCUCUUGGCAUACUCUACAUAGCGAGGAUACCUGGGUAAGAGGCGAGCUCUGGUUCGGUC